AGUUGUCAGAAGCUAGACUUGCUGCACGAGAAGCUCAUAACCGAAGAUGUCAGCCUCACCUAUCCCGAAGGCAGUGUGUGGAAAGGCAUUAUGAAGUAUGAGCUCCUUAAAAAGCUCCUGGUCUGGGUUACUGAUGACAAAUAGCUUUCACUUUUAUGGCACCUCCUUCAUUUUACUUGGGCUGCUGUGUUCAGAAGUAUUGCGAGGCCUCAUCAAGACUACAGGGAAAGGAAUACUGUGAUCUACUAAAAAUAUCUUCCCUGAGCUUUCUGGUAGUAAAUUUUAAAGUCCUUUAAGGGAAGAGGAAUUUCUCAGGAUAACUUGAUUGCUUCUUAAUUACAGUGCUUAACGAGAGAUGUCUACUUUACUUAUUUAUUGUAUGGAAAUUGAAUCAACAAAAAAUGUUGAAAAGAGAAUUAAUAUAAAUGAGCUCUUCUGUGAGGUAGGCACUGUCCUAGAUUUUUUACAUGCGAUAUUAUUUAGUCCUGCAGAGGUUGUUUACUUAUUUGAGAAAUUGAGGCUUGUAGAAGUUAAAUAACUUCAUCAAGUAGUUUAUACUAUGAGAAUGACUGAGCUGUGACUCAAACUUAUGUCUCUCUGAUUUGAAAAGGUUAUUUUUAAAUAUAUAUAAACAGAUGGUAAUUAAUAUAUGAUGUGUAGUGAUUUAAGUAGAUGAGAGGUAAGGACUUAUAUAGAGAUUUAUCAUGAGAAGAUAGUAUACUGAAGAUGCAGAAAGUAGAAAAACAUUGCCCAUGGUUUCUUCCUUUGAAUUCAUCACAUUCUUGAUUUUGUAGUAUUUCCUCAUGGCCUUUUUUCCUAUGCCCAUGCCAGAUUUGUUUGUAGUCAUAAUGUGUACACAGUUUUGUAUUCUACCCAUAUCACUUUUAUCUGAUAAGCACAUUUCUCAUGUUACUACAUAAGGAUAUGGUGAUUCAAUUAAACUCUGUAAGAAAAUCUAGGUAAUCUUGUUUCCCUGCAUAAUAAAAUUUUAAUCUGGAGCUAAACCACUAUUCUUGUCUUUGUACUGCCAGAGUAUGGUUUUUUGAUAAUAGUUUUUGAAAUUCAUAUUUCAUAUUAAUUAGAACAUAAAAACUAGCUAAAAUAUGAAGUAUUAAAGAACUUCCAAAAGGUUCUUUCUUGGAGGUCAUAAUUUCAUCUUUUAUAUGGUGCUGAUUCUUGAAAGCAUGUCUUAAUAAAAUGAUUUUCAACAUCUUACACCAUCUGUGACCCAUAAUCUUGAAUUUUGUUGCCAAAAGCCUCCAUCCAACCAUCCAUCCCUCCAAUCAUUCAUUCAUACUGCAGGUAUUUGUUGAGGGCUCAAAAAGAACUUAAAGUGCUAGUAAUUGAGUUGAGAUACAUAUAAAGAUUAUACAGUAUAAAGAAAAUAUGUUGCAUGUUGACAGUAGUCAUAGAAAAGACUAAGUGCUCAGAAGCAUUAGGACUAAUGCUAACAUGUGCCUUAGCUGACCAAUGUAAGGACAUGGUAUUCAAACAGGUUUUGUAAGAUGGGUAGAAAUUUAAGCUUUUUGAAAUGUACUGUCACUGAUUUCACUGCAUUAUGUUGUAAUUGAUGCUCCUAUGCUUUAUUAUAUGCUUUCUAUGGAGUAAAAACUUUGAAAUCAGUCAUUCCUCUAAAAGUUUUCAGUGCCUUAAGAUAAAGAGUCCAGUGAAAAUUUUGGCUUUUUAAAAUGAAAGACUUAAUAAAUCACCUGUUCACUUAGUGUGUCUUCACCUUGAGCUGGCAGUUCAUUCUUGUGUGUAAAUAGACCUAAGGAUGUUAUACUAUUACUUGAGAUUGUAAUUGUUUUCUAAUGUGUAUAAUUUAAACAACUCAUUUAUAAGUUAGCUUAUUAAGUAACUAUUGCAUUUGAAAGGAUUAAACUGCAUUUAAACUUUAUACCUAUUCUAUAAAGCUUUUCAUCUGUUAUUGUGGAGUAACAAGACGUUUUCAUUGAUAAAUUUAUUUUUGAAAUCGUUAGAAAGGAAUGGUAGUAGGUAGCCAGAUAAAUUGACUUUUGUUACCUGAUUUUUAUUAUGGGACUGGCAGUGUGUCGCAAAUUUCUAAGUUUACAGAAUAGGAUUUGAUAUUCAUUUGUCUAAUCCUACUCUUUGACCCAUGCUGUAUGAUUUCAUAUGUGUUCAGUUGACAGAUUUACAUUUGCCUGAGAUUUGCUUUUCCUUAUAGUUUUUAGCUGCCUGUUAUACUCUGAAAUGUGUUGUUAUGUUUGUUAUGUAGUAUGUUUGCACCCUUAUUGUGACCCAUGAAGUCUUAGGGAAGAUAUAUUUGAAUGCUAAAAUCAGUAUUAAUUUAUGUGCAUCCAGAUAGUUUUGUUUAGUUGAUAUUUCAUUUGGUUAUUUUUUUUCAGAGCUCAUUUAAACUUAGAUUUUCAAGGUCUGCUAUUAGAGAAAUGCCAUAAACAUAAUUUGUGUACUACAGGAAAGGCAAAUGGAACUUCAAAUGGAGAUCAAUAAAAAUGACAUUUCAAAAUGCUGGCCUGCAGUUUGUGAAUCACGCUGAGCCAUGCAGCAGAAUGAAUUUCCUCUCACCCCAGGGUACUUGAAGUUUAUUGAGUUGCCCUUGACUCAGAGGAAGUUUUGUCAAAGGUGUCAGCAGUUGCUAUUACCAGAUGAAUGGGGGAGGCAUCGUGAGCAUCAGGUCAUGGGGGAUAUUUCUAUCACCCAGUUACGAAGGCCCAGUCAACUCCUUUAUCCACUGGAAAACAAGAAAGCAAAUGCCCAGUAUUUGUUUGCUGACAGGAGCUGUCAGUUCUUGGUAGACCUACUUUCUGCCCUUGGAUUCAGAAGAGUACUGUGUGUUGGAACACCAAGGUUGCAUGAGCUGAUCAUGUUGACAGCAUCAGGUGACAAGAAGUCUAAUAUUAAAAGCCUUUUACUGGAUAUUGAUUUUCGGUAUUCACAGUUUUAUAUGGAGGAUAGUUUUUGCCAUUAUAACAUGUUUAACCAUCAUUUCUUUGAUGGAAAGGCUGCCCUUGAAAUAUGCAGAGCAUUUUUACAGGAAGAUGAAGGUGAAGGAGUCAUUAUGGUGACAGAUCCUCCUUUUGGUGGCUUGGUUGAACCUCUGGCUGUUACAUUCAAGAAGUUAAUUGCUAUGUGGAAAGAAGGUCAAAGCCAAGAUGACAGUCACAAAGAACUACCCAUUUUCUGGAUUUUCCCCUAUUUUUUUGAGUCCCGCAUUUGUCAGUUUUUUCCAAGCUUCUGCAUGCUGGAUUACCAGGUAGAUUAUGAUAAUCAUGCCCUUUAUAAACAUGGAAAGACAGGUCGAAAACAGUCUCCUGUGCGUAUUUUCACUAACGUUCCACGCAACAAAAUAAUCCUUCCUACCGAGGAAGGAUACAGAUUUUGCCCUCUUUGUCAACGAUAUGUUUCUCUAGAGAACCAACACUGUGAGCACUGUAAUUCUUGCACAUCCAAGGAUGGCAGGAAGUGGAACCAUUGCUUUCUCUGCAAAAAGUGUGUAAAGCCUUCCUGGAUCCACUGUAGCAUUUGCAAUCGUUGUGCUCUUCCAGGUCACUCUUGCGAGGGCCCUAAAGAUGGCUGUUUUAUUUGUGGUGAAUUGGAUCACAAACGCAGUACUUGUCCUAACAUCGCUACACCUAAAAGAGCUAACAACACCUUGUUUUUCAGAGCUGUCAGAAAGCAGAAGCAAAGAAAAAGUAAUAAGAUGAAAAUGGAGACCACUAAAGGACAAUCCAUGAAUCAUACAUCUGUUACAAGGAAAAAGAAAAGGAGAGAAAGAGCCCAUCAAUAUCUUUGCUCUUAAAUGUCCAGUGACUUGAGAAUAAGAAAGAUUUAUAGCCCAACCUUUGAUGCCAUUUUCUGAAAGUGCCACACUGGACUUAAAUUCAGCCGCUUUCAGAGGUGUGCACCUUUCUAAGCUAGAUAAUAGGCGGCUGGCAUUUGCUGGUUCAUAGUCCUCUCAGCUGCCUCUCUGAAGACCUGGGGAGUUGUUCCACCCUCAGCUGGUUUACUGGCUCCCUUAGCAUGCUUUUUUCCUCUCUUUAAGUCUCUCCCAAUCGUAUUAUUUUAGCCUCUUUUAUCUGAAAAAUGGGCAUACAGCAUUCUUUUGAAGAAGAUGUCAGCAGAAAAUGAAUGUGAAAACCUAUGAAAUUUUGUUUACAUUAAACAUAAAAGUAUGUUAACAUAGAUACGAAGAUAUUUUAUGUGAAAUAUUUAACAGUGGUUUCAACCCCACUUGAAAAGUACAAUGUACAAUUAUUUUUUUUGACUGAAUCUGAAGAUGAUGGAAAGAAUUUUUCCAAAGGCAUUGUAAAGAUAAAAACAUUAUAGUUCCAUUAUUAUUAAAUAUUUAUUUUCAAAGUA